AUGGCUUCCCCAAUCCGCCCAAACAUCUUGUUCAUCAUGGCCGAUGACCAUGCCUCGAAAUCAAUUUCGUGUUAUGGAGCAGGCAUCAACAAUACCCCCAACCUCGAUCGUCUCUCCAACGAAGGAAUGAGGUUCAACCACUGCUACGUAACCAACAGCAUCUGCACUCCCUCCCGAGCCGCCAUCCUGACAGGAACACACAACCACGUCAACGGAGUCAUGACUCUCGAUUCUAAGAUCAACAAGCACAGCCCGAACGUAGCCAAAUCCCUCCGAACAGGUGGCUAUCAAACAGCCAUGGUCGGUAAAUGGCACCUAGGCGAAGGCAAAGAACACGAACCAACAGGAUUCGACUACUGGAGCGUCGUCCCAGGCCAAGGCGAAUACCACGAUCCAGAAUUCAUCGGACCAGAAGGAACGGAGCGCGAGCGCGGAUACGCAACCGACAUUAUUACAGAGAAGAGUCUGAACUGGAUCAAAGAGCGUGAUGCCAACAAGCCCUUCUUCAUGAUGUGCCACCACAAAGCACCGCACCGCAGCUGGGAAUGCAACCCUAAGCACCGCGAUCUAUACAAAGACCCCAUCCGGCUGCCAGAUACAUUCACAGAUGACUACAAAAACCGCGCGCAAGCAGCCAAGGUCGCCAAGAUUCGUGUCGCUGAAGACCUCACAUACUUCGACCUAGGUCUCGUCCAACCAGAUGGCGGACUCGACAUCGGCGAGAAAAUGAUGGACAAAUGGUGGUUCCAAGACCGCAAGAUCCCCGCACCGGAAGAUGUAACGAAAAUGAAACUUAUCGACAAAGAAGACGGCACAGUCUUUACCUUCGAGACGACCCAAGAACUCGCCGAAUUCAAAUUCCAGCGCUACAUGCAACGCUACCUCCGCACAAUCCAAAGUAUCGACGACAACGUAGGCCGCAUGCUGGACUUCCUAAAUGAAGAAGAUCUAAUGGAGAACACGAUCGUCAUCUACACCUCCGACCAAGGCUUCUUCCUCGGCGAACAUGGUUGGUUCGACAAACGAUUCAUGUACGAAGAGAGCUUCCAAAUGCCCUUCCUAAUCCGAUACCCAGCGGAGAUCACAGCCGGGUCAGUAUGCGACGAUAUAGUCUGCAACGUUGACUUUGCGCCUACAUUCCUUGAUUUUGCCCGUCUGCGCCCGCCGACGUAUAUGCAGGGUGUCAGUUUCCGGUCUCUAUUGAAGCAGCAGACGCCGGCUGAUUGGCAGCAGGUUGCGUACCAUCGGUAUUGGAUGCAUCGGGAUAUUAUCCACGAGGCUUAUGCUCAUUAUGGUGUGCGUGAUCAGCGGUAUAAGUUGAUUUAUUGGUAUAAUGAGGACUUUGGCAUUGAGGGAACGAGGCCGGGUGGUGAGGAGAAAGAGUGGGAGUUGUUUGAUUGUGAGCUUGAUCCGCUGGAACUGUUUAAUUGUUACCAUGAGGCGGGUUAUGGGGAGGUUGUUAAGCGUAUGACCAAGAUGCUUGAGGAUAAGAUGGAGGAAAUUGGUGAUGAGCCUGUUCACCCGCGAUGA